AUGUCAAAGCUUGAAUUAAGCCAAGCAGGCUAUUUGGGCGGUAGUGCAUAUGAGUCAUUUAAACAUACUUCGAUGUGAUAAUUAUCCGCAACUAAUCAACUAAUUAUACUUGUGCUUCAAAAUCUUUUUUUAACCAGUUUCUUUCAAAACAAUAAUCUUUACGGGGGGUGGGGUGUUGACUAAUCCCUUAACUAGAUUACUAAAGAUCUCAAAAAACAAAAACAAAAAAAACCUGCCACAACUCCACACAUGCUGAAAGUCACACAGCACCUAAAAGACAAGUUUAUGAAUAUCUCUUGAUUCUGAAGUAGGUACCUGCUGACAAAUGAGAACUGUAAGAAUGGACAUUCUUUUAGUAUUUUUACUUUUGAUCAGGUGAGUAGGACUAAUUUUCUGAAAAAAGUUAUAUUAAUGUUGGAGCAGUGACGAAGUUUUACUAUCCUUGAACAAGUCUAGGAUACAUAAUUCAUCUGAUAAAAAUGUUUUUGUUGUUGGUGUUCUUGUUUGUAUCAAUUUUUAUUUAUUUAUUUUUUACAGAUAUAUUAUUGUAGUAACAGUACAUAACAGUUAUAAUAGAUAUUAUGUCAGUUGAUAUGAAAAUCAAUUCUUCCAAUGUUAGCAGUGUAAUAGGAAACCAAAAGAUAAAUUCAGAAAACAUCACACGAAUUCUGGACGAACUUCUUGAGGGUUAUGACAACCGGCUACGCCCUGGGUCAGGAGGUUCUGCCACUGAAAUAAAAACAGACAUAUUUGUGACCAGUUUUGGACCGGUGUCAGAUGUUGAAAUGGAGUUCACCAUGGACAUGUUUUUCCGUCAAAUGUGGGUGGACGAGAGGCUGAUAUUCGAGGGCCCCAUUGAUAUCCUGCGCCUGAACAACCGCAUGGUGCAAAAGAUCUGGACACCUGACACCUUUUUCCACAAUGCCAAGAAGUCCCUGGCACACAAUACAACCUUGCCCAACAAGAUGUUUCGCAUCAUGCAAAACGGCACCGUGUUAUACACAAUGAGGCUGACGGUAGGUGCAGAAUGUCCUAUGCAGCUGAUGGACUUCCCCAUGGACGGCCACGUUUGUCCCCUUCGCUUCGGAAGCUAUGCCUACCCAGACGGCGAGGUCAUCUACACGUGGACUAAGGGCCUGGAGAAGUCUGUGGAUGUCCCCCCUGAGUCCUCUAAUUUACUGCAGUAUGAUCUGAUAGGACAGUCUUUGUCUAGUGAAACACUGCAGAUUAAUACAGGCCGCUACUCUGUCCAGGUUGUCAAUUUUGUCCUCCAGAGGAAGCUGGGCUAUCACCUGAUCCAAACAUACAUUCCCCUCAUCAUGGUGGUCGUGCUGUCCCAGGUGGCGUUCUGGAUCAACAAGGAGUCUGUCCCAGCUCGUACAGUGGCUGGUGUCACCACGGUCCUCACCAUGACAACCCUGAGCCUCAGUGCACGCUCCUCACUGCCCAAGGUCUCGUACGCCACCGCCAUGGACUGGUUCAUCGCUGUCUGCUUCGCCUUCGUGUCCUCUGCCCUGGUGGAGUUCGCUGCCGUCAACUACUUCACCACGACGGAGACCCGCGUCCUGAGACGGGUCAUAGCCGCAGACAGCCACGACGAGGAGGACGAGCCCCCAUCUGACGGCAGCAUGGGGGCUCACCUGCGGAACAGGCCAAGCUGGAGCUCAGACACCCAUAAAACCCAGCUGUACAUCUUCCUGCAGCAGGGCUCGGCCAUUCCGCCCAACAGGAUGCUGGCGUGCACCAGCCCCAUCGACCAGUACGCACGUGUGCUCUUCCCACUGGCCUUUGGCCUCUUCAACUUCACCUAUUGGUUCAUCUAUCUGAGCAAGGACACCAUGGAGAAGCCCAGGUGUGUGUGUGUGAUGCUUUUUCAGUCACACAACUGAGGAAAUAGUCGUGCUUUUGUUUAUACUUAACUUGGAUACGUUGGAGAAAUA